GAACUCAUGGCGCAAUUUGAACUUGGAUGCGCCUCCGGAUAUCGGAAACAACGCUGUACACGCUUCUGCCUCUCCAUUUGAGGCCCUUGCUGAGCGAAUGAAUUGGGUUGGGGUUCAGCCAGAGAACGAUUCUUUUGGUUAUGGAUAAGGAGGCCCUUUGGCAGUCUGCACUGAACUUUGUGCGUAGUGAGACGGGCAACGCCCCGGGUGGCAGGUACUAGGUGUGUAAUUUUUCCUGCCUUUGCUCCUAGGCUUGACCCUUUUGGAAUCGUAGGGGCAGUAGCGUAGUUGUUAAGGAGAUUAAGAACUCCCCCCUACGCCGGUAGCUACGCGGAAAAUACGCAGGUAGGUUUUGACUUAUCGGAACUCGCUCACGAUACAAAAAAAAAAGCGAGAGUAAUUGUAUUGUAUUGUACUCGGUCGUGCUUGUCGAUCUUCUCUUUCUAAUGGCAAAAGUAGGACUGAAGACAGAUGACCCGCCUCCCAUUCAUCCCUGCGUUCUCCUCCAUUUACGCCCUUCCCUCUCUAAUCUCGGAAGCAAGUCCUGAAAGUCGUCGGCCGCACUGUCCUGAACAACUGGAAGAACGAUCCGGCAAUUACCUAUGGUCCAGUUCCGAUCAAGAAGAGCGUUUUUGACAGUCUCGAGGAUACGGAUUCGAAUUAUUGUCUAGCCUUGCUAGGCAUGAUGUUCUCUCAGUGCUAUUGGGAGAAGUCGUAGACGCGACUAGUGGAGAUGGAUGGACAAGCACAUGGAAAAAGUUGAAGAAGAGUCGAUGUAUCCAAGAAAAUCGACUGCUUACUCCGAUGUUGUCAUCGAUACCAUGCUUUCAUAUUAUUUAGGAUGGUGCGUACGCGUAGACUUAGUGGCCAUUGUCGCCGAUGUACCUGAAUCAUGAAUCAAUUGCACAUGAAAGUGACCGUCACAAAGCUAUCAAAGAACCAAACAGAGCUUUUUCAACACCUUUGCGCCGUCGUGUAAGAAAAUCGAAUUUGAAAACUAUAGAACUAGAACUACUUCUCCCGAACAAAAAACUUGAACUGCAACGAGAGAAUUGCGUGCCAGUUGCAGCUUUCCUAGGGGGAGAUCGGG